AUGGUCACAGUCAGAGUAGGGUAUAUCCCCGAGCAUUUUAGCACACCUAUAAUAUUUGCUCGAGAGAAGGGCUUUUUUAGGGAACAUGGUUUGGACGUUGAAUUAACCCCCUAUCCCAGUGGGUCGGGACACCUUAUCCAAUCGCUUGAGGCGGGGGAACUAGACAUAGCAGUCGGGUUGUCGGAAGCGUUUGUAAGAGGAAUUGCUGAUACUCCGGAAGAUGCAGUGUCUCCUGGUUACCAGAUUGUGGGUAGUUAUGUCAAGUCUCCUUUGAACUGGGCUGUGUCUACAUCCGUGUCACGUGACGAUAUUACAACUCUCUCGGACCUAGAUGGUGCCAAGAUUGGUGUAUCACGUAUUGGCAGCGGAUCCUACGUUAUGAGUUUUGUGUUGGCGUUGCAGCAAAACUACCAGUCUGCCUUCGAAAGCCAUCCGUUGUGUAACACGUUCGCCGGCCUUAGGGAAGCCGUUGAUAAAGGUGUCGCGGACGCUUUCCUAUGGGAAUAUUUCACCAGCAAGAAAUACUACGAGUCCAAAGAAAUCAAAAUGGUUGGCAAUAUCCACACCCCAUGGCCAUCGUGGGUCCUGGUAAAAUCAGCUGUCCUUCCCGAAACCCCCACAUGUCUCUUCACCUCUGCUCUAUCCCAAGGCAUAGCUUAUUUCCAAGAAAAUCCCGAAGAAGCAAUCGCUUUAAUAGUGUCCGAAUUCGACUAUUCAGAAGCUGAUGCUAGAGAAUGGCUUUCCACCGUUGGAUUCAACAAUGCAUGUCAUGAAAUACAUGAUCGAUACAAACUAGUAGACAAUACCCUCGAGGUCCUCAAUGCCGCAGGUGUGCUCAGGCACGCUGCAAACCCCGACUUGAUCGAGCGCAACAUACGUAAGGGUAUCUACAUUCUUCCUGCUGCUCCUUCCGCUCAAUAG